CGAUGUUUCUAUGUAGCUGCAAAUUCAAGUUGAUACCUCCCUACCAAUCGCUCUUCCCUCGUUUACUUACCACGUGGCUCGUUGAUCACUGAACAACUAUCGUCGCUUCCUCUCGAAAAUGCGACACCCUACAAUUGUAUCGAGCAUGUGACCCAGACACAUCUCUCCUAAAAGAGGGAAUCGCAUCAUGGACCCCCCUCGCUCCCGACCUUGCACCCACGGUACUCAUCGAACCGCUACCAGAUAACAAUACGACCCUGAGAAUCUGGGAGCCUGCCACUGCCCUUGAAGCAUUCCUGCUCUCCUGCCAUCGUCGUUCAUCACCCUUUCCAGUAUUCACGACAUUGACCUGUAACUACACAACACCGUACAGACAUCCAUCCCGACCAGUAUGGUACGAACUACCUCGUGGGAGAAGACACGAUCAUGCUUCUUCAUGUUCGUUCGCGCAAAAUCCACACGCUGGCCUAACAGCACCAGAUCCGCAACAGAUGCACUCCUUGCUCUGUCUAUACUCAUCGCUGUAGCACAGUUCGGUCUCUGCGCCGCCAUGGCGCACUGGUUGCUUAGCUCACACCGCGAGGUUCAGUGCUGGAACGUGAGCAGCACGAGAGAUCUGGACUUCAACGGCUUUGGGCUAGGGUCCAGACCAUCGGACUUCGUAUUCCAGACGGAGACCAAGAGCUUGCCGCUUACCUAUGCAAACUUGGACAAGACCUUCAACGUGGAGAGAGCUCAAGAAAACGGAGAAGGUCUGUCAGGGCCUGAGUAUCUGAGUGCUGGAGCCAUUGGUGGGACAUUUACAAUCAUCGCGAUCCUCGUUUUCAACCCUCUGUUGCUGGUUAUUGACCUUUUGCUCCUGCUUCGAAGCCACUACCGGUCCGCACGAAUCUCCAACCGUGCUGGCAUGCUCUGGUCUAUGUGCUUCUCGAUUUAUUUCCCCCUGGUUACUCUAGGUGCUGUUUGGCUAGAUAGCUUUCCUAGCGACAAAAUCGACGACAGCUACGAUACGUGCUGGCAAUAUGACAAGACAAUGAAUGUGUUGGAAGGGCGGAGCCGAUGGGCAAAGGGUAUCGUACGAGGAUGUGAGAUUUUGGGAAUGCUGGGAGCGUUAUGCAUGGUUGCCUACUUCGCAUUCGCUCUCUUUGCCGCGUACAUGAAUCAACGAGCCGAUGCGCAACAGUCGAUCAGACUAGACGAUCUUAGUAACCCUUCGUCCACUACCCACACUGACAACCACCGUGAUCUACCAUCUGCUGGCCUCGGCACUCGGGCAGGCCCCAUCCGGAUGAACAACUUCGGCAUCACGUUCAUAGAUGCUACCCCAGGCUCAGACAGCCAGUCCAGAACUGAAAGGUGCCGGCAAAGGCCGUGUGAGGAUCAAGAAGUUCUGACAAAUCCCUUCGCAGAUCCUGAAGACCCGUAUAGAGGCGGGGUGGGGAGUCAGAGGUCAGACAGUGGAGAUAAACAACCCUGAAAAAGUGCUACUCGACAAGCAGGCAGCAGGGAUAGGUAUUCAUCAGUCCCUCAAUUUCUCGGCACACUCAUCGUAGAUUCGGUCCUGUAGCUAAGACGU